AUGAUCAUUGGUGGAGGUGACGAGACAGCAAUCAACCAUGUGAAAUUCAACACUGCACACAAACUCAAACGGUCGAUCACUCACGAACGGUAUGACAACCUCGAAGAUAUUAUCGUCUUUGAUAAGUUAGAUACUGACGGUUUGUCUUCCCCUUACUAUGAUUCUUUAGUUAUUACUUUACGUGUUGCGGAUACUGAUGUGAAAAGAAUAAUGGUAGACGACGGAAGCGGCGCGUGUAUUAUCCAUCCUCGAGUCCUCGUACAUAUGGGGCUCGAAGGUAAAAUAAUACUGCAUUGCAUAAAACUGACGGGUUUUAAUAAUGCAGUCAAACGAACUUCAGGAGAAAUAAUGCUACCCAUCCUAGCCGGGGGAGUCACCCUGGAAACAACGUUUCACAUCAUGGACCAAGGCACAGCUUACAACGCCAUUAUAGGGCGACCAUGGAUACACGCCAUGCGAGCCAUCCGGUCAAGCCUCUACCAGGUAAUCAAGUUCCCUACUCCAUGGGGAAUAUUCAGCAUACGAGGCGAACAACGCACCGCGCAAGAAUGUUAUCGCAUCGCCCAAGAUUGUGCACACACCCAACAACUAAAGGGAGCAAACGCAGAAGCAUAG